CACAGCAUAAAAUACAAGCCUUUGCGUGUGCAUCCACAUGAGCUACCGUAUCAAAACAAUAGCAUAUGACCGAAAGCUAAACACGGUCAACCCAAACGAACCUGUCGACAUAGAAGAGCUCAUGAACGUGGUAACCUCCACUUGCUAUCGAGACUUCGAUUUCGGCGUCUCGUCAAUGAUCGGCAGGUCCUGUACCUCUCUCUCUCUCUCUUCCGUGUUCGGUUUCAUGUAUUCCCUCAGGUCUGAAGCAUCCUCUGUUCCCGGCAAGUAUCAAGGAAGACGAUCGGCCCAUCGGUGAGGAACACCUCCGCAGCACUUCAAGCUCUCGAUGCCAGCCGCGAAUAUGACGAUCGACGAGUUUGAGAGGUCGAAGUCGAAGCUCGCUGGGGACUUCGUAGCCGCGCUGCUUGAUCUCCAAAAGGCCCAAAAGCUCGCUAUGAAGCGGGAAGAUGCCCGUAACGCCUCCCCUUCUCGGCCUUGGCCGCUGACGAGCUCGCCCAGCGAAGAGACUGCUGCGGGAGAGGAUGCAGGUGACGACGACAGGUUGCUGCUGCUCUGGGAACAGACGAGGCAAGAGUUACUCUCCUUGGAGAAUGAGAUAGUCUUCAAUGAGGCCAUAAUAGAGGAAAGCGAGAAAGAUAUCAAAGAAAUACACUACGAUGUACAGAAAAUACACGAAAUUUAUCAAGAUCUCGCUGUCUUACUUCAUGACCAGCCUAUCAGUAUAGAUAACAUCGAUAAGCGUAUCGAAGAGUCAGCAGCAUCGACAGGCCGAGCUAAAGAACAACUGUACAAGGCUUCCAAAUGCAGUAGAUCUAGGUCUUCUUGGGUGUGCUGGGUGUUGAUAAUUUUGGUGCUGGUGCUGGUCAUCGUUCUCCUUGUUCUCAUCUUGCGCCAGUUGCUUGCCCGACAUGACGAUCCAGUACAAUCACUAGUGAAGCAAUGAUCAUUAUGUGUCAGGCAAUAUGUAUCGCUAAUCAGUUUCUAACAUCUCAUGAUUGUAAGCUAAUUUUGAAGCAUCACAAUGUUAUCGAGUAUGCUUUCUACUAA